AUGGAAUCUGCUCCUUUCACUGGUCUCUUGAGCUGCCCUCAGGAAAUCAUCGGUGCUAUCCUCGCUGAGCUUCAACCAAACCGUGCAAGCAUUGCGGCUCUCGCCCGUGAGCCCUUGGAUAGCAAACUACUCGAUUCCGUCCUCUCUUACUCAAAUCUCGAAAAUCUCACUUUCGCCGAAUAUUUGAUCAAAGCAAAUCCGCUAAACCGACUCAAAUAUAGCCUGACUCAUUCUACACCAUUGAAAAAUCUCUGGCUGUUGAACUGCUGUAUUGGCGCAACCAGUCUCGCGGAGAUUAUGAAAUAUCCGCGCGCGUUGAAGCCUAUCACUUUCAAAGACGAGUAUCGGAUAUUCAAACUCAACAGCUACGAAAAUCAAACCGCACAGGAGUAUGUGAAAGCGAUUGGGCUCCAGGCCUCCUCGCUUGAGAGCCUGGAUUUGGACGUUCCCUUUUCACGGCCGAAAGGCACCAACCUUGCUUCAUUAUCGCUUCUGCGAGAUCUCACCAUCUCACCAAGCCAUUUGGCAAUCGACCCUGAUAAUGGCGACCAUCUCGACUACAGCUUAAUGCCCAUGGUUGUGCUUUUACCACGAAGUCUCGAGCGUCUCACAUUCCGAUAUUUACAAUCCGACCAUUAUGACCAUAACCGCCUUCAAAGGAAUCCCCAUCUUGAGGAGUAUUUCUAUCUUCCUUACGUUUACCGGCUUGUUUCUGGGGGUAAGCUUCCUCGUCUCUCACGAUUUACGUGUGUCGUUACUCCUCCUCUAACUGUUGAUGGUGAUGUAACUCGAAACUUCACCCAGGCGUUUGAUGAGUUGGGAGUUCAGUUUAUGAUAUCGAAAAUCGAUAACCCAAUUACAAUGCCAGAGAUCGAGGAGUGCAAGCAGCUAUGCCAGUUGUCCAACUCAUGGUAG